AUGCAGUUCCACAACGGACCCAGUGCUGUAAAGCAUCGAAAUAAGAGGCAACAUCAACAAUCCUCAUUCACAGUUCAUCCAACUUCGACUUUUCAAACACCUCAAACUCCAUCAUCACAGGAAUUAAAAUUUAAUUGCAAUGGCUUCCCAUCCGAUAAAUAUUCAGAGCUGCUUUUUGGUGAUUGUAUAUUCAAUGCAAACUAUAAGCCGAUUGCAAUUAAAACAGGGACAAAAUUGAAAUCUGUUGAAUGCAAUCAACUCGGCACAAAAGCAACCGGGAUUUGCAAUAAUUGCCAAUCUACAAUGAACCACCUUGAUCAAAUUAUUUCAAAGAAAGAUGUUAUUUUCCAACAAAUUGCUGAUGGAGUUCGUCCCGCACCUAAAAGUUUACUUGCGUAUCCUUUACUCAUGUAUGAAAUAAUUAGCAAGUUAGUGGUUCAUUCAAAAGAGUUAACUGAGACCGAAUCUGAAUUAGUGUCAUUAUUUCGACAAGCCCAAGAACAUUAUGAUUCAACCUGGAAUUUUGAGUCAGUGAAUGUUGAGUAUGUGAUGGAAUCACCACAAAAGAAAGUUAAAUUAGAUCUCAGAACAGAACCUACUUGUAAACCUCGUUUGCCAGAAAUGAAAAAACCUUUUGAGGAUACAUUUUUCAUGCAAUUUAUAUUCGACCAAUUACGAAAUUAUAGUAGAGAUCCGCGUCAUCACCAGUAUUCUGAUAUUGCAAAACGUUUUUGGAUUCUUGUUAAAUAUUAUGCAGGAAAGCAAUUUUUUGUCAGAAUGGCCGGAGCACGAAAUCAACAUCAACCAUGUAAUUAG